UCUUGGCUAUGACUUAUUCCAUUCACAUGAUUUGCUAUUUGUUGGAACUUGAAACAUUUGAUUUACUACUUGUUCUUAUUAACUUUUCUUGAUCUGCUGUCUCUAACUGGGGAUUGGGUCCUUAAAAAUGUUAACCUUUAAUUAUAGUGAGUAAGUUCAGAUGGUUACCGCAUAUUCUACGGUUUUGAUUGGGAAAGCAAUUGAGAUGUUUAUUCUUGAGUUCACCCUUCGUGCAUGGAUGCAAGCUGAUCAAGUACGAACUCUGAAACUUUAUGACUUUGCUAGGGCCGGAAGGAAUGAAGAGCGUCUCGAUUUCCUCUCUGACAUCGUUCCGCUCCCGACCUAUGAGUUUCAGGUGGAACAGGAGGCAAAUGAUAGCCAAGGAAAUGAGUUUUACCCAGCUUAUCAAAUGGUUCAGCCUAAUAACAUUCCAAUGAGUAAUAGUGACUUUCAACACUACAUGUCAAUAGCUGCAGCACCAAUUUCAGGUGGAAGAGAAGGCAAAUGGUGGCCAAGAAAAUGAAUUUCACCCGGCUUAUCAAAUGGUUCAGCCUAAUAACAUUCCAGACCCAUUUCAGGUGGAAUGAGAGGCAAAUGGUGGCCAAGGAAAUGAAAUUCACCCGGCUUAUCAAAUGGUUCAGCCUAAUAGAAUU